AUGUUGAUGAUGAGCCCAACUUUGAGGAGUUUAUGGUUCUUGUCCACCACAGUCGUCACUAUUCUUGGACUCUUAGGACAAAACCUCCCCUGCGUUUUGUCUAGCCCACACCGUAUUCUGGUGGAUACAGAUGUCGACACAGACGAUUUAUUCGCUCUACUCUACCUCUUGAAACUCAACAGAUCAGAAUUCGAUCUAGUCGGGAUUACGUUGAGUGCAAAUGCGUGGACAAACGCAGGACACGGAGUGAAUCAUUUGUACGAUUUAUUGCACAUGAUGGGUCGUGAUGAUAUCCCAGUUGGUGUCGGCGGCGAAGGUGGGGUUCUCGCCGACGGUACUAUCCUCUCUGACGUCGGUGGUUAUCUUCCGAUCAUCGAACAGGGGAUGACAACAACAGGAGAGUGUAGAUACAGACAAGCCAUUCCUAAAGGGUCUGGAGGCCUACUUGACAUCGACUCCAAUUAUGGCUUUCGUAAACAGUUUCUUCCUCAGGGGAACAGAAGUUACACUCCCCUUCGACAACCAACGGCACAAAAAGUAAUCACCGACAAAGUUUCCGAAGGUCCAGUCACCGUAAUCCUCAUCGGAUCCCACACGAAUUUCGCUCUCUUCAUGAUGUCAAAUCCUCACCUGAAACAUAACAUCAACCACAUCUACGUCAUGGGAGGAGGAGUACGGUCGCGAAACCCCACCGGCUGCUGUCCGGCGAACUCCACGGCUGCGGAAUGUCAACCUAGACAGUGUGGAAACCGUGGAAACUUGUUCACAGAUUAUACAAGUAAUCCUUACUCUGAAUUCAACAUGUUCGCUGAUCCUUUCGCUGCUUAUCAGGUGUUUCAUUCAGGUGUCCCAGUGACUUUGGUUCCUCUAGAUGCAACCAACACAAUACCUAUCAACAAGAAAUUCUUUGAAACAUUCGAAAACAACCAGAGAACAUACGAAGCUCAAUACACUUUCUUAUCUUUGAAAAUUGCCAGAGACACUUGGUUCGACGAUGAAUUCUACCAGAGCUAUUUCAUGUGGGAUUCUUUUACGGCUGGUGUUGCAGUCUCCAUCAUGAGAAACUCUGGCAAAAAUAACAACAAAAAUGGUGAGAACGAUUUUGCGGAGAUGGAGUAUAUGAACAUAACCGUUGUUACUUCAAACAAACCUUAUGGAAAAUCCGAUGGCUCAAACCCAUUCUUUGAUAAAAGAAGAACUCCAAAAUUUAACCUAACCCUUGGAGGAGUUCACAGUGGUCAUGUUCAGAUGGGUUUGCGAGAUCCAUUCUGCAUACCGAAAAGCGGAAAAGGACGGUGUAAGGAUGGUUACACACAAGAGACCUCUGGGACUGAUUCAGUUCGUGUUCUUGUUGCAACACGAGCUAAACCGAACAUAAACAUCAAAAGUAAACUUGACAGAGAGUUUUACGUUGAUUUCAUGGAAGUUUUGAAUAGACCUGAAGAAACAGGGAGAUAUAACUUUUCAUCACAGUUUCCAUACUACAAAGAAGAAUUGUUCAAGCCAAAUCUUAGCAAAACAAUCCUCGGAAAGCCUGUUGUUUUCGAUAUGGACAUGAGCGCCGGAGAUUUUCUCUCUCUUUUCUACCUCCUCAAAGUUCCGGUUGAGAAAAUCGAUUUGAAAGCCAUUAUCGUGAGCCCAACCGGUUGGGCUAAUGCAGCAACAAUCGAUGUGGUCUACGAUCUACUUCACAUGAUGGGUCGUGACGACAUUCCAGUUGGUCUAGGAGACAUGCUCGCAUUGAACCAAUCCGACCCCAUUUUCCCACCAGUUGGAGAUUGCAAGUACGUCAAGGCUAUUCCACAUGGCUGUGGCGGUUUUCUUGAUUCCGACACACUAUACGGUCUUGCUCGUGACCUCCCGAGAAGCCCUCGAAGAUACUCUGCAGAGAACUCAGUGGCCGAUGGAGCUCCAAGGGAUACUGAUCGGCCUGAACUCCGACAACCUCUGGCACUUGAAGUUUGGCAAAAUCUGACCAAAUCUGGUAAUGGAGUGUCUAAGAUCACUGUACUAACCAAUGGACCAUUGACUAGCUUAGCUAAGAUCAUCUCAUCAGAUAAAAAUUCAUCCUCACUAAUCAAGGAAGUUUACAUCGUGGGAGGACAUAUAAGCCGUGAGAAAUCAGAAAAAGGGAACAUAUUCACGGCUCCUUUGAAUGAACACGCAGAAUUCAAUAUGUUUCUCGAUCCUUUAGCAGCUAAGACAGUUCUUGAAUCCGGUUUAAACAUCACACUCAUCCCUCUAGCAGCACAACGCAAGUUGAGUUCUUUUCAAAUGAUGCUUAAAUAUUCCUCCGCGAAAACACCCGAAGCUCGGUUUGUGAAACGGCUACUUGCGAGACUGCAAGCUCUUCACCAUAAUCACAGGAGAUACACCCACAUAGACAUGUUCUUAGGGGAAAUUCUUGGAGCAGUUUACUUGGGAGGUGAUCACGCUUCGUUGAAGCCGAAACUGCGAGCUGAGUACAUUAAAGUGAUCGCUGAAGAGGAUGAAUCAAAAGAUGGUCAGAUAGUAAUCGAUAAACAGCUCGGAAAACAAAUAAAGAUACUCGAAGGAGUAGAUUUGAGAGGCUGCUACGAGAGUUUUGCUUCUAGACUCGAUGAUAAGAAACAAUCUGCAGUCAUAGGAAGCUUUGAAGAACAAAAGAAGAAAUGGAACUCUCCACCACAAUGA